AUCAUUGAGUGAUUGUCAUAUUUAUAAUUAUUUUAAAAAAAAAAACCUUUCGCAAUGAAAAAGAUUAAAAGAGGAGUAAAAUCUAAACAAACUACCGAACAGCGAGCAAUAAGCAAAUAUAAACAGCUUACAAAGUCUGUGCAGCGACUGACAGCAGAGCCGGACAAAUUUUUGGUGGCUCAGCCGUCAAAAUAUGAUAAAAUAAAGGAAAUGAUCCAAAUAUUAUAUGGGUUUACAGUAAGUAUGGAUGUAGAAAGAAGGGAAAUGCCAGAGAUAUUGCCGGAAUUAGUAGUCCAAAAUAUGGAUGAAGAGCAAAUUUGGCAACAAUUGGAACUGCGUAGUAAUCUUUUAAUGCCGGCUUUUGUCGAUGAAACUGCUAAGUUUUUGUCGUUACGCGAACAUAAACUUGAGAUACGCUUAAAGGAGGAGGGGCAAGCAGAAGACGAAUAUGAAAACGAAGGAGAAGAAGUGGAAGAACAUGAUAUGGAUGCAGCUGAUAUUGCAGAGAAAGAGGACGUCGAGGGAGAAGAUGAAGAAGAAUUUGACGACAAUGAUGAUGGUAAAGACAAUGAGCUGAACAUCAAAAAACAGUUUCAAAGAGUUACACGCAAAUGUGCUGUUGAUGAUGAAUUUUUCAAGCUUGAUGAAAUGACGAGUUUCCUUGAAGCCGAAGAAGCUAAGGAGGCCAGAAGAAAAACGGGUAAAGUUUUAUCAGGUGACGAGGAUGAUGGCAUUGAUUAUUUCGCCGAUGAUUUUGGUGCUUUAGCCUCAGAAGGUGCAGAAGACAAUAGUGAUUACGAUAACGCUGCAUAUCAAGACUUUUUCAACACCCAACAGAAUGGCGAGGAGGGAAAAAAAUACCCAAAAGUCGACGACCACGGGUUAAAUCGAAAAGCUAAAGAUUAUUUUAGUGAAAGAUGGACUGAAAAAAGCGACGUGUAUAAAAGUAAUGACGAACGAUGUCAGCUGCAAAGUUCUAGUUCAGAAGAGGAUCUUGGCAAAGAUGAAACGGAUUCAAAUAACGUUUCCGAAAUCGCACUAAAUGAGCAGCCCAAAUCCACGUUCGAAUUACGUCAGGCACGUUUAGAACAUCGUAUUCGUGAUCAUGAAGAAGAAAUGCUGGGCGAGAAACCUUGGCAGCUCAAAGGUGAAAUAGUAGCUGCAAGCCGUCCUCAAAAUUCCCUGCUUGAGGAAAUUCUUGAGUUCGAUUCUACUGUACGACCCGCUCCUGUAAUAACAGAAGACACAACACGUUGUUUGGAAGAUAUUAUAAAACAACGAAUCAAAGAUAAGGCUUGGGAUGACGUUGAGUUCAAAGUACGACCCGUUCGAACGCCCCAUGAAUAUCGUAAACAGUUAGUCCUGGAUCAGGAGAAAUCGAAAGAGUCCUUGGCCCGUAUCUAUGAAAAAGAAUAUCAACGAGAAUUGGAAAAGCUCACACCUAACCAUGAACGCAAUGAGGAGGAGGAACCAAAGGAACAUCAGGAGAUACGAAAACUUAUGCGUAAUUUAUUUGUGAAGUUGGAUGCUUUAUCUAAUUUUCAUUUUACACCAAAGCCGGUUGCUCCAGAACCAAAAAUAAUUACAAAUGCACCUGCUGUAACUAUGGAAGAAGUCGCUCCCGUGGCUGUUAGUGAUGCUAAAUUGUUGGCACCCGAGGAAAUUUUCCGUGGUCCAAAACAUGAGCUACUUGGCAAGUCGGAACGUACGAAAACCGAUAAAAAUCGUGCCCUACGAAAGAAGAAGGCCAAGCAAAGAGCUAUUCACAAUGCUUUGGAGGCUAAAGUUUUGGAGCGCCAAAAACUAGGCAUUCCUUUAUCUAAAAAUCAGGAAAAAGUGAAGUUAAUAAAGAAUCUAACGAAGCAACGUAAUGUGGAAAAGAUCACUGCCGGUAAUGAUCACCAGAAUUUGGGAUCCUCGAAAGCAUUUUUCUCUAAAUUACAAGAUCAAAGUAAUUUAAUGACGUCGGGUAAACCGGAUAAAAGAAAACCUGAUAAGACGACAAUGUCAAGCAAAAAGUUGAAACUCUAACACAAAAUGGCAGCACAGUAGCCUCAAAAGGUUAUAAUGAUGCUGCACAAUUAUCUUACACGUGCAGUAUAUGUUGAUAUGAAGAACUGUG